UGGUGGCCUGCCAGAUUUCGAAUACGGGCCGGGCCGUGGUGGCCGGCGUGUUCACGACCCUUCGAGACGGAGUUUCAAGCCAAAAACCUUCAGCGAGAGGCUAGAGUUGAGAUUGUAGACAACGCUGGUUCUUGGUUCUUGGUUCUUGGUUCUUGGUGUGGUGGUCUCUUGAGAUUGAGGAUUUUCAACUGGUCUAAACUUGGGUUGCAAUCACCAACCAAUUGAUUUGGUUCUUGGAAAGGUUUUCCUCAAUGGCAAUAAUGCAUUUAGGUUGCAGAUAGUUGAACAAUGGUCGGCUCAUUGGACUUGCAUGCGUUCAUUACUAGAUCUCGUGUGCUACAGCUCUACAGGCAAGCCUUAAGGAUUGCCGGCCGGGCCCCUUCCCAAUCAAGAGAUGAGUUGAGGCAGAUGAUGAGGCAAGAGAUGGAGAAGAACCGUCACUGUAAUGAUAAACAAAAGAUUCGAUUCUUGAUUAGCGAUGGAUUACAAAGAAUAAAAGAUCUGGAUGAGAUGCUUGAUAUGCAGGGUCAUAGCUAACUGACUUAAACAUUUAUAUUCCAUGAUUGUAUCAUGCACUUUUAUACGACGAAGACCGGGGAUUUUCGUAAGAGCUUGGAUUUGUGAUUAGCUUUAUUUGGAGGAUGUUUUCUCGAGCAUUUGCUUCGAUUAA